CUGAAACGGUCCAACGGAUGACUGCAUUGGAAAAUUCGACGAGGGACCAACUUGCUGACUCAGAGCAGAGGCAUCAGGAGCAGAUAGCCUCAUUGCAUGCACAACAUAAGGAGGAAAUCGCCGAAGCAUUGGCUGAAGCAAAGCGGGAGUCAGAUGCACGGCAUGAGCAGCAACUGGCCGAAGCAAUGCGCGAAUCAGAAGCACGGCAUCAGCAGCAGCUGGCCGAAACAAAGCAGGAAAUGGCCGAAACAAAGCAGGAAAUGGCCGAAACAAAGAGGAAAAUGGAUGAAGUAUUAGCCUUCUUACAAAGCACACCAAGCAGUUUAAGAUCAAUUUGUCAGGAUAGCGCUGCUACAUCAUAGGCAGGACUCUUCGUGUAUGAUUGUUCGGAUAUUCGGAAUAUUGUAGUAUUGUAACUUCGUGGAUAUUUAAAAUAUUGUAAUGUUGUUACUUUGUGGAUAUUCAAAAUAUUGUAAACAUGAUUGUAAACAUUUAGAGAUAUUUUGUUGACAGGUUUGAGAAAAUAUG